UAUAUUGACAGAAUUUAAAGUAAAUCAUUGAAAUUGAUUUUCCAAAGAAUCGGACGGAAAGAAAAAAAAAUUCAUUUGCAAUUUUCCCAUAUCGAAAGCUGUAUAUUUGUUUAUACGUUUAGAUUUGAUUCUUGCAUUUGGGCAUUCCGGAUUUCCCUCAUUUUAUAACCAACAUUAUAAUCAUCAUCAUUGUCAUUUGAUUUAAGAUUCGACUCUAAUCGAUCAACCAGAAUCAAACUAUUGAACACAAUGAUUUUAUCAAUAAUUUGGAAAUCGAUAUUAUUCACGAUUUUUUUGAUCAUUAUUUCGAAUGGUCAACCAAUAUCGACAAUCGAUCCGAAUGAUGAUGAUGAUGAUAGUAAUGAACGAAUUAAAUGUGAAACAAAUGAUGAUUGUUAUCGUGAUUCUAUUAUUGUUGGUUAUCAUUCAGAUAUGAAAGUUAUUUGUGAUCCAGAUCUUAAAAUUUGUAUUAUUGGUUUGGUUACCGAUGAUGGUAAUGAAAAUAAUGCAACAACAGCAAUUAAUUAUGAUACAGUUUCAUCUUCGUUGAAUACUGAUAAUAAUCCCAAUGUAACAAUGUUAUCAUCAACAACUAAAUCAAUGAUAACAACAAAAAAAUCCGAUGAUGAUCAAACAAACGAUGAAAUCGAAGAGGUACCAUAUUUUGUUUGGAUAUUAUUGACCAUACCAUUUAUGUCGAUUAUAAUUGUUGGUAUUUUAUGUGCAAAACGAUUACAAUCAAAUGAUCAGAAUAUUGAAGCAAAUCUUAAUCAAUCACCAAUAAAUGGUUUACAAGUAGAAGAACUUCUUACACAACGUGAAAUAUUAAAUUCAAUAGCUGCAUCAUUAAAACCACCACCAUCAUAUGAAAAAGCUACCGGUCAAAUACCACCUAGUUAUGAAACAGUAUUACAAAUGCUUCAAGAAAGACAUCCAUCAUUGUUUUCAUCAUUACAAACAUCAUCAUCACCAUCAUUAAUGAUGAUGAUGAUGAUGAAUGAUCAAAAUUAUAAAGAUUCGAAUCAUCAAACUAUCAAUUCAGCAUCAUCAACAAAUUCUGAUUAAAUUAAUCUUGCAAUGCUCAAAAGUCAUUUUCACCUUUA